CGGCCGGCCGCUCUGCGCCCGAGGGAGGGGCUCGCCCUUGCUGCUGCCGCCGCGGGCCCGGCUUGAAGGAGUUCCUGAUCCAAAUCCCAGCCAGUCUGGAGGGAUGUGGAAGCCAGGUGAAUAGGGCUCGUGAAUCAUCUGAACCUUCGAGCUGAAUGGAAAAGUUACAGAAGCAAUUGACUUCCCCGGGGAGUGUUGGUUCCUCCCGGGGAUCCAGCGUUCCAGGGUCACCCUCCAGCAUUGUGGCCAAAAUGGACAAUGAAGUCCUGGCAUACAAGGACUUGGCAGCAAUCCCCAAGGACAAGGCGAUCCUGGACAUAGAGCGUCCGGACUUGAUGAUCUAUGAGCCCCACUUCACCUAUUCUCUCCUGGACCACGUGGAGAGGCCAAGGAGCAGAGAGCGUUCCCUCUCGCCCAAAUCUCUCUCUCCUCCGCCUUCUCCAGAAGUCACCCGGGACUGGAUGGAGAACAAGUCUCCAGGAAACACCUCCCAGGCAGCUAGUCGGAGGGCCAGCAGCUCCAGUCGCAGCGGACUCCAACACUUCCACCGUCCUGAUACCAACACGACAGAGAUGAACAUCUACAAGAAGCCUCCAAUCUACAAGCAGAGGGAGCACUCGGCAACACCCACCCCCCAGGGCAAACACCUCAUAGAAGACCUGAUCAUAGAGUCCUCCAAGUUCCCAGCAGCCCAGCCCCCAGACCCAAACCAGCCGGCCAAGAUCGAGACGGACUACUGGCCCUGCCCUCCCUCUCUGGCAGUUGUUGAGACUGAGUGGAGGCAGCGGAAGGCUUCAAAGAGAGGGGAAGGAGAGGACGAGGACCUCACAACAGAAAUGAAAAGCCUGCAAGAGAUGCAGAAGCAAGAGCUGAGCAAGAUCGCCUCCAACCUAGGCAAGCUCAUCCUGAAGGAAGAGAUGGAGAAGUCACUCCCCAUCCGGCGGAAAACUCGCUCCCUCCCAGACCGAACCCCCUUCCACACCUCGCUGCAUGGAGGAAGCUCCAAAUCCUCGUCCCUUCCUUCCUAUGGGAGAAGCACUCUUGCCAGGCUACAGUCAACAGAGUUUAGCCCAACCGGAAGCGAGAAGGGCAGCCCAGGUCUACAGAAUGGCCAGCGAGGACGGAUGGACAGGGGGAACUCCCUUCCCAGUAUGCUGGAGCAAAAGAUCUACCCAUACGAGAUGCUGAUGGUAACGAAUCGGGGCCGUGUGAAACUGCCUCCAGGAGUAGACAGAACGAGGCUAGAGAGACACCUCUCGCCCGAGGAUUUCCUGCGCGUCUUUGAGACGUCACCAGAAGAGUUCAGCAAGCUGGCCCUGUGGAAGCGGAAUGAGUUGAAGAAGAAAGCCUUCCUCUUCUGAUCCUCUCUGAGCCAACGGGCUCAGUGUGAACUCCAUGUGUGUCACGCCGUCUUGCAUCACAGACGCUUUAGGGCUACGACUGAGCUGGUUCUAAGGAACUUUCCCUUUCUUUUCCACGCACCCCACUGGCUGCAGAGGCCACUCCGAGCCGGAGUCUGGUAGAAGGCCGAGGGAAGCAGGCUCAGAGGAGAAGAGUGAGAGCCUGGCCUUCCCUGGGCAGGGCACGGGACAUGGCCUGCAUAGGCACGAGGAAUGGGGUAGAAGGGGGGGGGGUUGUACUGUGCCCUCCUUUCAGGUCCAGCAACGUUUGACAGGGCUCAUCAGAAGCUUCGACCAAACCCAGCCACCCUCGGUCUGUCUUUUGCUCACAGGCAUCCAGGGCAAGACAGUCACACUUGACUCUGGGAGCAGAAAGGCUCAAGGGACAGACAGCAAGGGUGGCAGGUCUCAUCCCACCUUCUGGACCUACCAUGCCUCUGCUGGAGCGGCAUCUCACCUGGGCACAAUUCUUGGGGUAUCUGCCACACAGCAGCACCAGCUGGAAGUUUUCAGGCUCCACUGCACCUCAAAACCUUAGUCUUUGCUAACCUUCUGCCUUUCCACGGAAAGUGUCACUGGUCUCCUCCCACCCCGUCCAGACUGGGCUGUGAUGCUUUCAUGCUACUUACAGAAACAAUCCUUCGCCUUCAGCAGUGCCCUGCAGAAUGAAUGAGGGAAAAGUGUCCCUAGUGCCAGGCCACACUCCAGCAGACAGGCAGGCAGGCACAUGUGCUAGCUGCCACCGGCUCCUCCUGCCUUCCUUGCCCUGGUCUUCACUCACCUGCCUCCUGCUUCCUCUGUCCUUCCACACUUGCCGUUUCUGCCUAGCUCCCCGGCCUGCCAAGUUAGCCCUGGCCUUUGCCCCCUUCCGUAGAUGCUUCCAUCCCCAUGGCCUGUGCCUUCAGCUCAGUGUUUCAGCUCUUGGAAACAGCACUCCCCUGAGCUUGCCUUCCGCUCCCCUCCAGCUUUCAAAUGCCGCCACUGUUUCCUGGGCUGUCAAAGCAACUCAAGAGAAGGCAAAGAGUGCCCCGAGCCAGAGGCUGCCGAGGAUCUUUGCCAACACGUGCUUGAGCUUCUGCAAGAGAUCUUCCUUACCUUGUUGAGAAUUGGUUGCUGCACUGUCUCUUUAGCCUCUCUAGCGCCUCAGCCCCCCACACACCAGCAAUGGCAGCAUAGCUGACAGCUGGCCAGCCUCAGCCUCCUGAGCCACGCUGCCUGGUAGCAGACUACUGCUGGGUUCAGCUUAGUCCAGACGAGUCAAAGGGAAGGGUGGUGAAGGCAAGGAAUGAAGGUCUCAAGCCCGGCCCUUUGCCUCUUUUCCAGCCUCCCUUGUUACUCUUCAUGCACAGCCCGGGAGUGCUAGAGGGUAUUGCAUUCCAAGCAUGACCAUGUCAGAUUCUACCCAGAAAGGGCUUGAGCAGAGGCACUGUUUUGCCUUCCCGUCUACAUGGGGACAGGCUUGCCUCUGAGCCAAGCAAUUGCAGGCUUUGGGGCAGGCAACAGCUCUAUGAGGGGGGAGGUUAGAGUUUAAGAGGCACUCCUCCCUCUGCAGAUGUUUUCCCACAAUGCCCUCCAGAACCUUCUCUACAUGGGCUUGCACAUGACCUACUUCAGAAGAGAACCAGGUGAUACAUGGGAAACAGCUGAGCUGCCAGAGGCUUCUUUUCAUCCCAUCCCCCCCCCCCCCAGACAUGCCAGGGUUAGGACAGGUGAACACAAGUCUGACAAAGGGCAGA